CCAUUGUUAUUUAAAGUUAGCGUUUGCCAACGCGGACUGUUUCUGGAGCGACCCUCUACCUGUAUAUUGUAAAAAGUGGCGCAACAAAGCUGUCAGUUAUGAUGCUGCUGAAUUCAUUAGCAUCGCUCUACUUCCUGGCCGCUGUUGCCUUUGCUGUGCCUGCUCAGGAGAAGCGCAUCCAUCACCAGCCUGAUCUGAGUGACCACGCCCAUGAUGAUGCUCACAGUUUCCAGUAUGACCAUGAGGCCUUCCUGGGUAAAGAAGAGGCCAAGACCUUUGACCAGCUGACUCCUGAGGAGAGCAAAGAUAGAUUAGCGAAGAUAGUGGACCGUAUCGACACUGACAAGGAUGGCUACGUCAGCCACGGAGAGCUGCAUUAUUGGAUCAAACACCGACAGAGGAGGUACAUCGAGGAAAAUGUUAACAAACACUGGAAGGACUACGACAAGAACCAAGAUGACAAGAUAAGCUGGGAGGAGUAUAAAAACACCACCUAUGGCUACUAUCUGGGAGAGGAGUUUGAUGAUAUUGAUGACAAGGAGACUUAUAAGUCCAUGCUCAAAAGAGAUGAAAGGCGCUUUAAGACGGCUGACCGAGACAGUGACGGCAUUGCCACACAUGAGGAGUUCACUGCCUUCCUUCACCCUGAGGAGUUUGAUUACAUGAAAGAUUUGGUAAUUCAGGAAACUGUGGAGGACAUUGAUAAGAAUGGGGACGGGAAGAUCAACUUGGAAGAAUACAUCGGUGAUAUGUACACAGCCGAGGAUGGGGAAAGUGAGCCUGACUGGGUCCAGACAGAGAAGAAACAUUUCUCGGAGAUCAGGGAUACCAAUAAGGAUGGGUACCUGGAUGCUGACGAAGUAGGACAGUGGGUUUUGCCUGGAGAGGUUGACCAUGCUGACAAUGAAGCCAAACAUUUGAUCCACGAGACAGACACUGACAAGGAUGGCCGUCUGAGUCUACCUGAGAUACUUGACAAGAUGGACUUCAUCAAGACCAGUACAAUGACCGACUAUGGAGGGAUGAGGGUGGAUGGCCGUGAUGAACUGUGACUUCAGUUUGGUCCCAUAUACAAAUGUUUUACACAAAAAUCUAUGACUUGUGAAUAUUUUCUUAUCUGAAUUGAUUCAUCCUAUACAAAUUUAAAACACUUAAGGCCACACUUAUCUUACAAAACUGACUCAUCUUUAAACUGGGGUACAUGUUUAUUAGUAAUACAUUUUUAUUCAUAAUUCAAUUCUUUAAAUUUUGUAUACAUUUUCUGAGCUACAGUGAGUGUUACAAGAAACUACUGUUUGAGUUUCUACAGAGUUUCAUCUACUUUUUAGCCUUAGCAGGGCAUACUCUCUUACUGCUUUCUCCACUUCACCCGAGGAAAGCGUGGGAAGUGGGGGUGUGGUACUGUGGUACUAUGGAGACUGCAGGUUUGGACACAGCCCAGUUGACUGAUUCACUAACAUACACACAGUGACAAAAAUGUCAAGAAAGCAUGUUUCAAAGUAAGAACAUUACUGUGCAUAUCUAAGUGAAUGAGGCCCGAUGUGAAGAUCUCCAUCAUGAACAGUGAAGCAGCUCAAAUUUAAACAACAACAGAUCUGCUUAGAACAGGACUUCAUGCAUGUUUAGAGCACCCACUCAAGUUUGUCAGACAAUGCAUUGGAUUGUAAAUUUCAUCUAUGAUAUGAACACAAUAAAAACAUUGAGACAUUG